CUUUUCUCUCGCCCUUCCAGUCGCCUUGACUCACGGACCAUCUCCCACAAUGGCCUCCUUGACCCGGGCCUAAACUCUAGCACCCGUCCAACGGCCGAGGGGGCGUCUUAGCACUUGGCCCGAGGCGGCCCUUGGCUUUGCCUCGGACACGCCCAAAGCUACCAAUGCCCAAGUCCGAGGGCUCCCCAGAGACUUGCCGGUUCACACGGCACCUGAGCGUCAGAGACUGCGCUCUUCUCGUCGCCUAAUCUUCGGCCCAGCCUUUGUCCAGCCCAAACAACUUGGGUUUCUGCUGGUCGGCUCAUCAUCGGGGCCUCUACACACAAGGCUCGCUCGCUCCCUGACAAUUGAUUGUUUCAGUAUGUAGCUAACACGGCUUGAAGGUCAAUGGGCGUCCCCUCAUACCACACCUUCGCAGUCCUGCACCUCGUAACUGUUAAUAGCCCACAUCAAUUACAUUCUCAUGACCUACGUUCUGGAGGAUCUCCGGCGAUGCUCCAUGUGAUGCAUAAUCUAUCCACCCCCAGAUACACCAGGUCUGGGGUCCAACAUGUGGGAAGUACGCAUGCAGGCCAUUCGAUGCCCGAUUUAACAUCCGUGGUCUGAUGAUAGACGCUCAGGUCGACACGCUAUCGAAUGACACACGACAAUUUUAGAGUACUUCUAGACGUUCUGUGAUCACCAGUGGAGCUUGCGAUUGGUAGACAUGACAAUCACCAAGCCUAUGUACCUCCUCCGCUCUGCCUUUCCGUGUUACCAAUCUGGGUGACGCUAGGUCACGAGUGUUGGUCAAAAACUCUGCGCUAUAUGGUGCUGUGGACUUUGAGGCAGCCGUAUCAUAGCCAUUGUGGACAAUGCAAGUUCUCCGCACCUCGAAAGCUUGAUCACGAGAUUCCGACUAGAGGCUUGAACAAGCAGACAAGGUACCCAGCUCUGUACGUUCGAUCUAUUCCAGGUCGCAUUUGGUAUGGAUGCACGACCCCUUUCCUCGGGACCGCGUCGUCUCGCCGGAUAGGCACGUGAGAUCAACCAUACAUACAUACAUGGUGGCAUUCUAGGGGAGGAAAUGCGUGAUGCACUUCACGUCAACAACUGGCGACGGCCUCGAUGUCCACCCCUCCAUUACACACUAUCCAGAAUCCCGCUUAAGGCUUGGAAGGCAACUAGUCCUCGGCGAUUAACCCAAAGAGGUGCGGGGGCAGACAGGCAUGGGCAUCGGUGGCCAAUUGCACCAAGACAAUCUCUGAAAACCUGGAUUGUCCACAGCACUACCUAAGCGACAUCAGCUGCCCGCCGUAUUCCCUUGCCUCCGCCCCUGGUUUUCUGGCAGAGAUGGUCGGUGGGCUCUUGCGUGAUAGGAGGAUCCUCUCCUCCCCGGAUUGAACGAGGCUAGUUGGCGGGGUGCCCAUGGGAUGCAAAACCUAUCGGGGCGCAUGGUCAAACAGCAAUGGCGCUCUGGUAAAGUUGUGGAGUCUCUUGUUCCCUGCCUUCGGCUCCUUUUCGGAUCUUCGCCACAGGAAUUUUGGUCUGUUCGAGACUUGGACGCUAGUGAUUGUCGGGGAACAUGGUGAGACUCACCCAAGGCCACGCGUGGUCGUGGAGUAGCAUUUAAGGACUCUAGAUGUCCCGCUCUCAUACUCACCUCUUCGUCAACCCACCGACAACAGGAACUCCAGAGCCCAGGAUACUACUCCAGCAUCGUCAAGAUGUCGACCGAAGAGAAAGUCGGCGCCGCCACCAUCGACCGCAUCGACUCCAUCGAUGCCGCCAAGAAUGUGAGAUACAUACGACGAUAUGCCAUGCCGUCCAUGACUAAUCCUCGAAACAGGUCGUCGAGGUCAAGGAAGUCCACGGUAGCGAAGCCUACAAUGCCGCCGUGCUUCAGGAACCUGUCCCUAGGACCCAUCCUCGAACCAUCCUUUUGUGGCUCGCUCUCUUGAUCGGUUUCUUCUGCCAGACCAUGAACGGAUACGACAGCAUGUUGCUGGGCGGUCUGCUAAACAACAAAGAAUACUUCUUGGCCCAUUUCAAUGGCGAGAACAAGGGUAUCUGGGCCGGUCUCAUUUCCUCCAUGCAUCAGAUUGGAGGUGUUGCAGCUCUUCCAUUCAUGGGGCCCGCCAUCGACACCUUUGGACGUCGUGUCGGCAUGUUGAUUGGUUCAAUCUUCAUUAUCGUCGGAACUGUCGUCCAGGCGACUACCUUGCACAACGCUUCGGAAUCUCAGAUCAUCGGUGGUCGUUUCCUCGUCGGAUUCGGUGUCACCAUUUCCGCCGGAGCUGGUCCCAUCUGGAUCGUGGAGACUGCUCAUCCCAUGCAACGUGGUAUCAUUACUGGUCUUUGCAACACCACUUGGCUGGUUGGAGCCAUCCUGGCUUCCGGUGCUACUCGAGGAGGUCUGGAGAUCAAGGGCAACAACUCGUGGUUGAUCCCUCUCUGGCUUCAACUUUUCUUUCCCGGAAUCAUUGCCCUGUUUGCCCUGUUCCUGCCCGAGUCUCCUCGAUGGCUCUUUGCCCAUGGCAAACGUGAGCAAGCACGAUCUCUUCUGACCAAAUGGCACGGAUACGGCAAUCCUGACUCUGCGUGGGUCAAGCUUCAAUUGGCCGAGUAUGAGGAAUAUUUGGAGCUCGAUGGUUCCGACAAGCGAUGGUGGGAUUACAGUGGAAUCGUCAAGAAGAGGUCCAGCUUGUACCGUGUCCUUGUCGCGUGUGUCUUCUCCAUGCUUGCACAAUGGUGCGGUAACGGUCCUCUGUCCUACUUCCUCGGUGCCGUGCUCGAUACUGCCGGCGUCAACUCGUCCAUUGGCAAGGCCAACGUCCAACUUGGCUACUCAUGCUUCCAAUUUGCCUUUGCCGUCAUUGGUGCUCACUUUGUCGAGUUGAUUGGUCGUCGCAAGAUGUUGCUCGGUGGCUUCUGGGGAACUGCUGUCGUCUGGGUCUGCAUGACUGCAGCUGCCGCAACUCUGGCCAACUCGAUCACGUCUGGUAGCGUGGCUGACGGUGAUGCCGAAUUCAGCAACAAGGCGGCUAGCAACGCUGUCUUGGCCUUCAUCUUCAUCUUUGGAGCCGUCUAUUCGUUCAACCUGACUCCUCUUCAAGCACUGUACCCUGUCGAGGUCAUCAACUUUGAAAUCCGAGCCAAGGGUAUGGCUCUCCAGGGUGUGUUCACCAACGUCGCUGGUGUCACCAACCAAUUUGCCUGGUCGGUGGCGAUCAAGAAGCUCGAGUGGAAGACAUACAUCAUCUUCAUUGCUUUGACCACUGUCUGGGGUUUCAUUGCAUACUUCUUCUUCCCCGAGACCCGCAAGCGAACUCUUGAAGAACUCAACGAAAUCUUCGAGGCCCGCAACCCCGUCAAGUUCUCGACCCAAAAGGCCAAGAUUGGUAUCACGGAAACCAACCAAGUCGUUGCGGUUGACGACGCAGCGCAUGCCUAGAGUUGCUAACGGAGGUUCCAAGAGCCCUUUCUGCGGAGCGCCAUCACCAUGCACAUUCAGCGCGAGAGGGCCUCGGCGUCAUAGCAAACUGGGUGGUCAUGUAAAGGCGAUCUAGGAUAGACUCGGCUCACUUUUCAGAAGCUCGUUCUCAGUUUAGGCGGCGAAGUUGCCAGGGUGCUGUUAUUGCUCAGGUCUAUACACCUCCUUAGUGGAAUAUCAAUUAAUCUCAUCCCAGA